AUGGAGGGUGUCAUGAGCCAUGCAAGUGAUCUAAACUUGAAGGCAACUGAGCUAAGAUUGGGAUUACCUGGCACAGAUGAACGCGACGAUGUCGAGUCAGUUGCGAGGAAUAACAAGCGAGCCUUGCCGGAGUCGGCUAACGACAGUGGAUCGAAAGGCGGAAAAUCCAUUGAUCAUGAGAAUGCACCUGCCCCAAAGGCACAGAUAGUUGGGUGGCCGCCGGUGAGGUCCUACCGGAAAAACAAUCUGGAGGCGAAGAAAACAGAAACUGAAACAGGGAUGUAUGUGAAAGUGAGCAUGGAUGGAGCUCCUUACCUUAGAAAGAUUGAUUUGAGUAUUUACAAUGGAUAUGCUGAGCUCCUCAAGGCUUUGGAAAGCAUGUUUAAACUCACCAUAGGUGACUACUCUGAGAGAGAAGGAUACAAAGGAUCAGAAUAUGCACCUGCAUAUGAAGAUAAAGAUGGUGACUUGAUGCUUGUUGGUGAUGUUCCAUGGGACAUGUUCAUGUCAUCUUGCAAAAGAUUAAGGAUCAUGAAAGGGUCUGAUGCUAGUGGGCUGGGUUGCGGCGUAUGAGAAUUGCCCGGUGCUUGGGUCGAUUAGUACUGUACGUGUGACAAGAAGAGAAGAACAUGAUGUCUCUCUCAGGAAGAGAGGAAUCAUAUUACAGCUUGGGUUGUCGAAGAAUCAAGAUCUCCAGACCUCACUUGGAAGGGGAGGUUCAACAGACAGGGAGACAAUAUCCAUUUGCCCUUUUCUUGAUACCAUUACAGCAUGAAAACCAUGGGUGGUUUUCAGAUCCUGUGGUGUUAAUCUUUGGCUUGUAAUAAGUUCCAGAAAACAGGAAAAGCAUAUGUAUUUUAGCUGUCAAAGUAAUUGUGCAAAAUGACAACAUAUAUAUCUCUUUAUUAUUAGGCUUUCCGCAGGUUUCUUAAUGUGUUUGAUGCAAUCAUCUUGUUUUGUAAACCACCAUUGUAUUUUCCUGUGUCAUUGGUUUGACACACAGAGAAAUGGAAAGAGAUCAUGUGAUUAUAUUUGCA